CUGCGCGGUGGCGUCCUUCGCGCGCUACCCGCUCGGCUUUGACCUCCAGCCGCCCGGGAGAAGAUGGCCGCGCAGGCAGUGUCCGGGCUGUCCCGGCAGGUGCGAUCCUUCAGUACCUCCGUAGCCAGGCCCUUUGCCAAGCUCGUGAGGCCGCCCAUUCAGAUCUACGGUGUCGAAGGUCGCUAUGCCACGGCUCUGUACUCUGCCGCGUCCAAACAGAACAAGCUGGACCAAGUCGAGAAGGAGCUGCUGAGAGUGGCGCAAUUGCUGAAGGAACCCAAGAUGGCGGCCUCCAUCCUGAACCCACACGUGAAACGCGCUGUCAAGGUGAAGAGCAUUGGCGACCUGACGGCCCGGGAGAAGCUGUCCCCGAUCACCACCAACCUCAUCAAUCUGCUUGCCGAAAACGGGCGUUUGAACAACACCCCUGGGAUUAUUUCGGCCUUUUCCACCAUGAUGAGUGUCCACCGUGGCGAAGUCCCCUGCACAGUGACCACAGCCUCUGCUCUGAAUGAGGCCACGCUUUCUGAACUCAAAACAGUCCUGCAGAGCUUCCUCAGCAAAAACCAAGUGUUGAAGUUGGAAGUGAAGACCGACCCGUCCAUCAUGGGGGGGAUGAUCGUCCGCAUCGGAGAGAAGUACGUCGACAUGUCUGCCAGGACCAAGAUCCAGAAGCUGAGCAAGGCCAUGCGCGAGGCUAUGUGAGCGCGCGACUCCCCCCAGGGCCAGCUGCACCUGGCGGGGCAAUAAACUGCCUCUGAACAGAACAGUCACUUCUGCUCUUUAAGAUCCGGCAUAGACCGACACCCCCCCCAGACUCACACACGCCGAGCUCCACAAGGAGUAAUUUCUGGGUGCAAAGCCAGGAGUAACCCCUGAGCAUCACCAGGUGUGGCCCCCAAACCAAAUAAAUAAGACACAGAGGGCCCUUUGGGGAGACAGGGUCUGCUCCCGA